AUGGGAAAUAAUUUUUGUUAUUCCAAGAGUGGUAUGCAGUCAACAAUGUCUUAAUUAUUAUGCGAAUAGAAAUUUAAUGGAUGUGAUGUCAUUUUAACAGCAGGAAAUAUAGAGAAUGAGUUAGUAGAUUGUAUAGUUUAACCGACUGAUUAGCAAUUUUCAAAUGUUCCCUAAAAUGAUAAACCAUCAUUUAUACCAACAAAUGGGAAUUGUAUUUUUGUAGGAUCUACAAAAAGUAAAUGCAAAAAUUAAAAAAUUAGAGAACAAAAAGAAUUAUAUUUUAGCUGUUGUUUAAGAAAAUAAUGAAUUGUGUAUCUAAGAUUAGUAUGAUGAAGAAAGAUAAUUAAUUUAUGAAAGCAUUCAAAAUUGUUUGAAAAUGGUAUUUAUUAAUAAUAAUAAGGCUAAUGCCAGAUAAAUAAGAUCUAUAGCAUUUCCAGUAUUCUAAUCAAAAGAUCACACAACAUCUGCAACUAUAAUGAUUAUGGCUAUAAAAUUAUAUAUCAUUGAACAAAAGUUAAAUUCAGUGACUAAAAUAUUUAUUUCAUUAAAUGUAUGAAUUUAAUACUUAUAAAUUUAUUUAAUUUUAGCAAAUAGAAUAGGUAGCUAGUUUUAAAUGGGUAUUUUAGUAAAUAUUCGAAUAAUAUAAUUCAACAAAAUCAAAAUCAUAUUCGAGUACAAUAAAUCCUACAUUUAUGGAUGAAUAUAAAUCAAUAAGAUUAAUCUAAUAAGUAGCUGUCAAAGAAAGUACUCCUUGA